UUUGAAGGCGGUGAGGGAGAGCGAGGGAGAAGAAAGGCUGCUCGGCUCUGCUCUGUGUGUGGGCUUCGGGCUUUUUUUUUUCCUUUUUUUUUCUUCUUCUUCUUCUUUUCCUACUUCCAUCCUCUCCCCGCCACUGGAAGUCCUCCCGUAUCUAAAUGGAAUUAGUGGAGACCGAAGCCCCUUGUGCAAGGAACAGACAUGACCCAUGGGCGCAGCUUCUUUCACAUUGUAGCAAGUCUAAUCAUCCUACAUUUGUCUGGGGCAACGAAAAAAGGAACAGAAAAGCAAACGGUUUCCGAAGGACAGAGACCAGUGCAGUGUGGAACUUGGACAAAAUAUGCAGAAGGAGGCAUCUUCACUUCUCCAAAUUACCCCAACAAGUAUCCUCCGGACAGAGAGUGUGUCUACAUUAUAGAAGCUGCUCCUAGACAAUGCAUUGAACUACACUUUGAUGAAAAAUAUUCCAUAGAGCCUUCUUGGGAGUGUAAAUUUGACCACAUAGAAGUACGAGAUGGACCUUUUGGCUUUUCCCCAAUCCUUGGACGUUUCUGUGGACAGCAAAAUCCACCUAUGAUAAAAUCCAGUGGCAGAUUCCUGUGGAUUAAAUUUUUUGCUGAUGCUGAACUGGAAUCUAUUGGGUUUUCUGCUCGGUAUAAUUUUACACCUGAUCCAGAUUUUAAGGACCUAGGCGUUUUGAAGCCAUUGCCAGUUUGUGAGUUUGAGAUGGGAGGACCUGAAGGAAUUGUGGAAUCUGUACAAAUUGUUAAAGAAGGAAAAGCUUCUGAAACUGAAGCAGUAGACUGUAAAUGGUACAUCCGAGCACCACCCCGAUCCAAGAUCUAUUUACGAUUUUUGGACUACGAGAUGCAGAAUUCCAAUGAAUGCAAAAGGAAUUUUGUAGCAGUGUAUGACGGAAGCAGCUCGGUGGAGGAUUUGAAGGCAAAGUUUUGCAGCACAGUUGCAAAUGAUGUGAUGCUGAGGACAGGCCUGGGUGUGAUCCGCAUGUGGGCAGACGAAGGCAGCCGGAACAGCCGAUUCCAGAUGCUCUUCACAUCUUUCCAAGAACCCCCUUGUGAAGCCAACACAUUCUUUUGCCACAGUAAUAUGUGUAUAAAUAAUACACUGGUCUGCAAUGGACUCCAGAACUGUGUGUAUCCCUGGGAUGAAAACCACUGCAAAGAAAAGAGAAAAGCAAACCUAUUGGACCAACUUACCAAUACCAGUGGGACUAUAAUUGGGGUGACUUCUUGCAUUGUGAUCAUCCUCAUUGUUAUCUCUAUUAUAGUACAGAUCAAGCAGCCUCGUAAAAAAUUUGUCCAAAGGAAAGCAGACUUUGAUCAAACAGUGUUCCAGGAGGUGUUUGAGCCUCCUCAUUAUGAGUUAUGCACCCUUAGAGGGACAGGGACUACAGCUGACCUUGCUGACGUUGCAGAUGACUUUGAAAAUUAUCAUAAACUGCGGAGAUCCUCUUCAAAAUGCAUUCAUGACCAUCACUGUGGAUCACAAGUGUCUAGUAUUAAGGGCAGCCGUAGUAACCUCAGCACAAGAGAUGCUUCUGUCUUGACAGAAAUACAACCCCAGCCUGUAAAACCACUUGUUCAGCCCAUGAACAGGAGAAAUAUCCUUGUCAUGAAGCAUAGCUACUCACAAGAUGCUGCUGAUGCGUGCGAGAUAGACGAAAUUGAAGAGGUGCCAACCACAAGUCACAGGCUGUCCAGACAUGAUAAAGCUGUUCAGCGGUUCUGCCUCAUUGGGUCUCUAAGCAAACAUGAGUCUGAGUACAACACAACUAGGGUCUAA